AAAUCAAAUGAUAAUGAGUCGGUUGCGUCAUGACGUCAUCAGCCCUCGACGUGGGAGUGACGCAGGCGACGUAGGAUGUAAGGCAGCCGGAGCGACGAGCCCAGGUUAACGACGGUGGACGCCAAAAUUCUCCCGGGAGCUGCUUUAACUACACGGCCGAGUGGUGUACGGUGCUAGUGAUGUACCAUGGGGUAUGACGUGACGAGGUUCCAAGGGGAGGUAGAUGAAGACCUCCUGUGCCCGAUAUGUAGUGGAGUACUAGAAGAACCAGUGCAGGCGCCGCACUGCGAGCACGCCUUCUGCAAUGCCUGCAUCACGCAGUGGUUCGCCCAGCAGCAGAUCUGCCCCGUGGACCGCACGGUGGUGACGCUGGCCCACCUGCGGCCGGUGCCCCGCAUCAUGCGCAACAUGCUGUCCAAGCUGCAGAUCAACUGCGACAACGCCACCUUCGGCUGCACGGCCACACUUCGGCUGGACCAGCUGCAGUCGCACCUCAAGGACUGCGAGCACAACCCCAAGAGGCCCGUCAAGUGUGAGGGAUGCGGCCUGGAGAUGCCCAAAGACGAGCAGCCCAACCAUAACUGCAUCAAGCACUUGCGGAGUGUGGUCCAGCAGCAGCAGACCAAGGUCUCGGAGCUGGAGAAGACUGUCGUGGAACAUAAACACCAGCUGGGUGAACAAAAACGUGACAUUCAGCUGCUCAAGGCGUACAUGCGCGCCAUCCGCAGCGCUAACCCCAACCUGCAAAACCUGGAGGAGACCAUCGAGUACAACGAGAUCUUGGAGUGGGUGAACUCCAUGCAGCCCGCCCGGGUGACCCGCUGGGGCGGCAUGAUCUCCACGCCGGACGCCGUGCUGCAGGCCGUCAUCAAGCGCUCGCUGAAGGACAGCGGCUGCCCGCUCUCCAUCGUCAACGACCUGAUCGAGAACGCCCACGAGCGCAACUGGCCGCAGGGCCUGGCCACGCUGGAGACGCGGCAGAUGAACCGCCGCUACUACGAGAACUACGUGGCCAAGCGCAUCCCGGGCAAGCAGGCGGUGGUGGUGAUGGCGUGCGAGAACCAGCACAUGGGCGAGGACAUGAUCCUGGAGCCCGGCCUGGUCAUGAUCUUUGCACACGGCGUGGAGGAGAUCCUUUAACUCGCCUCCUCCUCCUCUUCAUUCAAGGGAAUACCGCCGCCUUAAAGCAAGGACCACAUUGUUGCCGAGCAGCGUACGACUGACGGGAACCAUGAGACAUUUAGUGCAUUACAUCAUUGAUUGUUGCAACUCUACUUUCCUCCUCACGUUCUCUCACCAUCCUUACAGAGCAGCCCUUUCUAAGAACCUCACUGGUGUACAUGUUGUAAAUACAAAUACUAUAUUGAAUCUUCAUUUUCUGCUUCUAUCGUCCAUCCUCUGGCCCCGCGCUGUGACUAUUCUGUGCCAUUCUCCUCUUAUUUAUUAUUGUAUUUCUCUUGCCUUUUUUACCGUCACACUUUCAAAAAAAAAACUGCUUGAAAUAUUAAAUUUGGCCUUUCUCGGUGCAUUUGAAGUUAACAUCCGUCGUGUCGUGUCGUUUCAGAUGUGAAGUUGAUGAUUUAACACGCGUUUGCCUUUUUUUUUUUUCCUUCCGAUGCGUUCCUUCUUGUGCGUUCAUUCAGCUCUGAUUGUUUACGUGUCUGGCAGCGGCGGAGAUUGUAAAAAAGCCAGUAAACCUUUUUUUGAAGAAGUGAAGGGCUCGUCGCCAUCAAACUGUACGGACUUAAAUGUGCCCUUUUUUUUUUUAAUUCUCUUUGCUAAUGUUUUAGUUGGUUCUGUGUCUUUAUGUAUCACGUUGUACAGACAAGAAUAAAACGUCAAAAGAAUGUAGACGCUCACUAGA